CAAAAUGGCGGACAARAGUGUUUAUAAAGCGAGUGUUGAAUUCUUUGAAACUUUGAUUGAUUCAAAGAAAAGUUCCGCGGAUGAUAAAGUAUGCGUUAUUGGUAUAAUYGGAAAAGGGAGUUUUGGUUAUAAAUCAAAAGCCCGUCACAUCAAUUCUGCCAUUGAAAAGGAUUUAUUCAAGGUAGGUACAGAACGGAACAGCUGUUUUCAAAGUCYAUCUCGCAAAAACAUUGAUGUGSCUCAAAGCUUAAGACUAAYGGCUAAAUUUCUUAUAUCAAUGAUAUUGAUAAAAGUAGACGAUGAUAUGAAUGAUGAUGAUAAUGUUUUGAUUGAUAUUGCCAGCAAUCGUCAAAAGACCACAGCCUUAAUUUAAGGGAUGUGGGAGAUAGGAGCAAGAUAUACAUUUGGUGUCUGUAUUGCAGCAGUUAUUCGAUUAUUUUUCUAUUUACAUUGAUCAUGUGAACUUCAUUCACAGCUUGRUUUCGUUGAUAAAGCAGAAUCGCCAAAAGAUCUACU